CUGCCCAACGGGAAAAACUUGGAGAUCCUCAAAGUUGUCUCAGGUUUUGGUUUCUACACCACAUUGCCGAAGCUAAUAAUCCAGCGCUCCGGUAAUAUGAUGAGCUGCGCUUGCCGUACGACUUCCUUAAAAUUAUUUAUACAAAGCCUUACGGGUCUUCGAUUGUCUGAUUCGGCUAUUGCACCGACAAGGCGACGAAUCCAACUACCAUAUCCAAGAGCCCUCGAUUUUCCGUCACCCACCGUUUUCCCUAGGUCGUACAGCGCCACAGCAGCACUGCGUUUUCCGCAGGAGGCAGUGAAGGAGUCGGACUCAUAUUCUUCAACGGCCGGCGAGAAUCAGGAAGAUCCACAGCAAGAACCGUCUAAUGAUGCUACGGUAGACAAACACGGCGUGGAGGCGCUUGAUGCGUCUGCAGACAAAAUAGAGCAAGCGAAACGCGAAGGCACUAUCCUCGACUACUCACCCGAGUCUAUCGACGCCCUCGUCGCGGAUCUCAACGAAUCACCAGCGAAAACUCUCACUCCUCGAAGCAAACAUGUCAAGUCAGAGGCGGGACACGAUGCUAAGUCGCCUCCUAUCGAGUCCAAGCGGCUAAAGAGGUUGAAGAUUGUAAAAGAGAGCCCGAAGACAGAGACGGAGACAUUCCCGGCCCACAAGAGGGAAGAAUGGCAAAUACAAAAAUCGGCACUAAAGCAAAAAUUCCCCGAAGGUUGGGCGCCACGCAAACGGCUAUCUCCAGACGCACUGGACGGUAUUCGUGCUCUGCACUCACAGUUCCCGGAAGAUUAUACCACAGAAGUAUUGGCGGAGAAGUUCGAAGUGUCGCCUGAGGCCAUCCGUCGUAUACUUCGUAGUAAAUGGACGCCGAGCUCCGAGGAAGAAGAGCGUCGCCAGAAACGUUGGUUUAAUCGUGGAAAGAAUAUAUGGAGCCAGAUGGCGGCGUUGGGGAAGAAACCACCCCGCAGGUGGCGUCGUGAGGGUAUUGUCAGGGAUCCGAGUUGGAAUCGCCCGAGAGGACCGCGCACGCAACCGCCUAGGCGGCCUAGGGAUUUUGAAUGAGCAAGUAAUUGACCUUUUUUUGGUUGUGGUUGUCCUAAUGGACAAUCCUCGCCAGGGUCUGGUUGGUUUAAAUGCUGUAUCUACAGGCGCUUUGCAUUAUAAUCUAUGCUUAGGCGCUAGUUAGGAUGAGGAUCACCACUUAGUCUAUUAGGCAAUUCAUGGGUAUUUGAUAGGCAGAUGAAAAUUAAAAAAAUCGAAGUGCUUAUCGCCGACAAGAAAGAAACCUAUUCACUAAC